UGUGUGUGUGUGUGUGUGUCAGCACACCUGUGUAUGACCUUACCUGGAGCUUUAUUUCUAGGAGGAUGCUGCUCUGAUACUUCAGGUGUCUGCGAGGUGUGUUUCUGGAGGAGGGUGAGGAAGAUCUUGUACCUACGGAUUGACAGUACAGGAGCAGCAAGUUGAUGAUCAUCGCACCUUAGCAGGAAUAUCAGCAAACAAUAGCAGAGAAGGAGAUGAAGUUUCGAUUUGGGCUCAGGAUCUCUUUGGUCCUGAGCAUACUGGCUCUGACUCUGUACGCAGGCAGUGUUGAAGGACAAAGGGCAGGUUGCAAGAAUGUCCACUAUGAUUUGGUAUUCAUCUUGGACACCUCUUCCAGUGUGGGCAAGGAAAACUUUGAGAAGAUCCGGCAGUGGGUGGCAAACCUGGUGGAAUCUUUUGACGUAGGUGCGGAGAAAACGCGUGUGGCCGUGGUUCGCUACAGCGACCGUCCCACCACCGAAUUCAACCUGGGCAGGUACAAAACCCUUGGGGAGGUCAAGCGUGCUGCUGGGAACAUCCGCUACCUGGGUGGGAACACCAAAACUGGAGAUGCCAUCAGCUUCACCACCAACAACAUCUUCACAGAAAGGGCAGGGGCAAGGCCUGCCAGUCAGGGCAUUCAAAAAGUGGCAAUCUUAUUAACGGAUGGCAGGAGUCAGGAUUUUGUUUUGGAGCCAUCAGUUGCUGCAGCGGCUGCUGGAAUCAGGUUGUUCGCCGUAGGGAUUGGGGAAGCUCUCAAAGAGGAGCUGGAGGAGAUUGCAGCAGAGCCAAAAAGUGCUCAUGUCUUCCACGUGACGGACUUUGAUGCCAUUGACAAGAUCCGGGGCAGGUUGAGGAGGAGACUCUGCGAGAAUGUCCUGUGUCCAAACAUGAAAGUCCAGGCGGGUCGUUUUAGGCCAAACAGCACAAGUGCUGGACUGACAGAGGUCCCAGGAUUUGAUCUGAUGGAGUACUUCAAUGUAAGAGAUUUUCUUGGAGAAAAAUUUGAGCCAGGUCAGACCCCCUACGUCCGGCUCGGUACCAUGCCCAUCGUCCAACAAACAGAAGAUGUGUUACCUCAGGGUCUGCCCGAUGAAUAUGCCUUUGUGACCACGUUUAAGUUCAGGAAGACCUCUCGUAAAGAAGACUGGUACCUGUGGCAGGUCUAUGACAAAUACGGCAUCCCGCAGGUCUCCAUCCGUCUGGACGGGGAGAACAAGGCGGUGGAGUACAACGCUGUGGGCCUGACGAAGGACGCGGUCCGGGCCGUCUUUAAGAACCCGGAGGUGGAGAACCUGUUCGACCGUAACUGGCAUAAGAUCGGCAUGAGGGUGGACUCCAAGUCUGUGUCUCUGUUCCUGGACUGCAAGCACAUUGAGACGCUGCCCAUAGAGGAAAGAGAAGACAUCGACAUCCAGGGAAAGACCGUCAUCGGCAAGAGACUCUAUGACAGCGUUCCUAUUGACUUUGACCUCCAGAGGAUGGUGAUCUACUGCGAUGGCAAACAGUCUGAGCAAGAGACAUGUUGUGAUAUUCCCGGUGGCCCGUGUGAACAGUCUUUGGUGACUGAGCCCCCCCCGCUCCCGCUGCCCACCCCAAAACCAACAAGCGCUGAACAGAAGAAACCAGCCGCGGUCAACUGCUCCUGUCCUGCAGGGGAAAGGGGAGAGACAGGUCUACCGGGUGUCGCGGGGCCCAAGGGUGAAAAGGGUGAUCCUGGUCUUAAAGGGGCAGAAGGACCACCAGGACCCAAAGGGCAGAAAGGAGAGCGUGCUAUCUCUAUCAAAGGUGAUAGAGGAGAGAAGGGGGACAGCGGCGAGAGCGGGGAACCUGGAGCCAGAGGAGAAAGAGGAGAUAAAGGAUCAGACGGUUUACCUGGUCUGGCUGGGAAAAAAGGCGAUAAAGGAGAGAGAGGUCAACAAGGAGUUGCAGGUGAAGCUGGGUUACCUGGGCCUCUCGGACCAAAGGGUAUCCAAGGUGAUGCUGGUCCACCCGGAGCACCGGGUCCUCAUGGGGUGUCCGGUGUUACUGGAGGGAAAGGAGACAAAGGAGCUUCUGGAGAACGGGGUGAACCAGGUUUAGAUGGGUUUCCAGGGAAACCAGGUUUUCCAGGAAAAGAUGGUCCUAGGGGGCUAAUUGGUUCUCCUGGUGCAAAUGGAGUAAAAGGAGAAAAGGGCGAACAAGGACCUGCUGGUUUACCCGGCGAUGCGGUUCAGCUGGCAGGACUCAAGGGGGAGACCGGCGUCCCUGGGGAACGAGGGCCCUCGGGAGCAGACGGCCCCCCUGGACCUCCCGGCCCACCAGGACCUCCAGGUGUGCCCGGUGAGCCGGGUGAGAACGGACAAAGGGGUAAAAAAGGUGAUGCAGGAUUGCCAGGAGUUGAUGGGCUUCCAGGACCACCUGGUCCUCAGGGGCCCCCUGGACCUUCAGGCAGCACUGGACAAACAGGACCUCCAGGAUUACCUGGUGAAAUCGGCUUCUCAGGAAAACCAGGAGAACCAGGAAAACCGGGCCUGCCAGGAAAAGAUGGAUUGGAUGGUUUCCCUGGAAACGACGGUGGGAAGGGGCAAACAGGAGAACCCGGACAGGACGGCUUCCCUGGUAAACCAGGACCGAAGGGAGAUGAAGGCCCUCCGGGACCACGAGGACCUCCUGGUGAACGGGGAGAGCACGGUUUGCCUGGGGAGGUCGGCACAAUAGGACCCAAAGGAGAAAGAGGAGGCCAAGGAGAGAGGGGAAAAGAUGGACCUACUGGCUCGAAAGGAGAGAAAGGAGACAAGGGUGAGAUCGGCCCCAGGGGUCCAGCCGGGAUCCCAGGCAAUGUGGCCAAUGUGAUUCCUGAACCCGGUGAACCGGGUAAGCCCGGAGAAAAGGGAGAGAAAGGAGAUCAAGGAAAACCAGGCGAGAUGGGUCAAAGAGGACUUCCCGGAGAGCAGGGAUUCAGAGGACUGCCGGGACUUGCGGGCCCUAAGGGCGACGCCGGUGACAAAGGAGAGACAGGGAGACACGGAGACCCAGGUCCUCCCGGAUUGACGGGCCCUCAGGGGCCCCGGGGGCUGCCAGGCAAUGUGGGUAUUCCGGGUAGCAUCGGCCCACCUGGUAUUGCUGGACAGAGAGGAGAGAAGGGAGAUGCUGGUAAAGAUGGUCCCUCCGGACCCCCUGGUCCAACUGGUGAGCCUGGUUUAAGAGGAGAAAUUGGAUUGCCAGGAAAAGGCAAAGAGGGACCAAAGGGUGAUUCUGGACCUCCGGGUCCAUCCGGACCUCCCGGACUGAAGGGUUUACCUGGACCACAGGGAAUGCAGGGGAUGCCAGGAAACAGAGGACCACCAGGAGAGGGAACCACUGGACCCCAGGGGCCUUCCGGGCCUGCGGGGCCACCAGGACCAGCGGGUUUGAGAGGACCUCCAGGAGUGAGCGGACAACAGGGACCUGCUGGACACAAUGGUUUACCAGGAAGACCUGGAGAGAAGGGCUCCCCUGGAGAGCCAGGAAAAGCUGCAGAAAUGUCUGAUCUGAACCUCAAGGACAUUUGUUCAGAUUGCCCCCCUGGACCAUCUGGACCACCAGGUAUGCCAGGACCUUCAGGUGAAAAGGGUCAUACUGGACCACCUGGGAAAAAUGGACAGGAUGGAUAUGCGGGUCCUCCUGGACCGACAGGGCCUGCAGGACCACCUGGUGCUGAUGGAGCCAAGGGGAUCAAAGGAGACAGAGGUCCUUCAGGAGCACCUGGAGAUAAAGGUGAAAAGGGCCCCCCAGGACCUCUUGGUUAUCCAGGGGCCGCAGGAGCUAUGGGUCAACCUGGUAAUGAUGGAAACCCUGGACCUAUCGGACCACCUGGAGCUCCUGGAGAAAAGGGUAAAGAAGGACUUCAGGGUAUUCAGGGACCACCUGGUCUUCCAGGUCUAAUGGGCCUGAUGGGUAAACCUGGAAAGGAUGGAAGACCAGGAGAAACAGGAGAGCCGGGUAAACAGGGAGAGCCAGGGCCAUCAGGAAGAGAUGGGCUCAGAGGAAUGCCAGGUUUCAAAGGUCACAGAGGGGAACCAGGACCACCAGGGUCAAAGGGUGAAGAUGGCAAACAGGGGGUUGCUGGACGCGAGGGUCCACCUGGGAAAGAGGGUAACAAAGGACCACCGGGGCCAGAGGGCAUGAGAGGACCACGGGGAGAACCUGGUCAGCCUGGAGAACCUGGACAAGCAGGCAAGCCCGGAUCUCAGGGAAAUCCUGGUCAGCCGGGACACAAAGGAGAAACAGGGAGUCCAGGAUUACCCGGAUUCCCCGGUUCAAAGGGGCCAUCUGGCCCAUCUGGUCCAAUUGGUCCAGAGGGCAAACAAGGCAUGUCAGGAAAAUCAGGAGACAGAGGACAGAAGGGAGAAAAGGGUGAUAAUGGAAUAAAAGGUGACAAAGGACCUGUUGGUGAUCCAGGCAUUCCGGGUAACCCUGGGCCUCCCGGCAGGAAGGGUCACACAGGUAUGAUGGGCAUGUCAGGACCCCCAGGGGAAGUGGGUCCCUCUGGCCCCCCUGGUUCUCCAGGACAGCCGGGUCUCCCAGGUCUCAGAGGUGAGGCACCAUCACUUGAACAAAUGCGGCGCCUCAUUCAAGAGGAACUCUCCAAACAGCUGGAUGCUAAGUUGGCUUACCUCAUGGCUCAAAUGCAGCCUGCGCAUAUCAAGAGCUCAGUUGGCCGCCCCGGUCCACCUGGUCCAACAGGUAAAGAUGGACCUCCUGGCCGACAGGGUCCACCUGGAGAGCCUGGAAUGCCUGGACAAAAUGGAGCAGAUGGACCUAGAGGUCCAGUUGGUCCUAAAGGUGAACGAGGUACAAGAGGCGAAAAGGGAGAGGAUGGUGUUGGACAGAGAGGAGAACCUGGUGCUAUUGGUCCCAUGGGUCCUGCAGGUAUGCCUGGAUAUGGAAAAGACGGUCUUCCUGGAUCCGCGGGCUCUCAGGGAGAGCCUGGUAAUCCUGGUCCUCACGGGCAGCCCGGACCUCCUGGACCGCCGGGGCAGUGUGAUCCCUCACAAUGUGCCUACUAUGCCAGUCUGGCAUCAAGACCUCACACCAAAAACGUCAAGGGGACUUAAUACAUCCCUCGGUGUCCUGGGCUAACACCUAUUUAUGAACUUGGACAUUCAGUAAGCCAAGAAAAUGUUCUGUAACAUCAGGAGAACUGCAGAGAGUCUGAGGGGUGAGUGAAUGCGUGUGUGUUUAUACGUGUGUUUGUCAUAGGCUUUUCACUACAGCUAAUGUGUUCUUGAAGCCUGAGUUAAGGCCACUUUUAAUCCUGGGUUAAGCAGCGUUUCACACUUUGGGUUUUGAAAAGGUGUUGGCAUGUAGCAUUAGCACUUUCAACUCCGGGUUAUGAAGUCUGGCUCGACCAGGAUCGACUCAGAAUAGCGGUGCAAAACAAUGCUUUACGGGGAUUUGUUUAGCGAGGUAUUAAUUAUAAAAUAAAUAUAGUAAACACAAGAAAUCUGGGAAAAUUAUAAAUCUCUUUUU